AUGAACUCCCGUGAAGCGUCAGAUUUGCCUCCGACGCCCUCAUACCCUACGAACUCCGCGCAAGUCAACCAAAAUGCCAUAUACUACGCCGGUCGUCAGCUUACUGCUGAUGAAAUAUUGACAGCAGAAUUAUCGCGCGAUGCUGCUGGCAACAAUCUUGGAGAUGGUCCGACUAAUGAUCAACAACAUAACAAUGCCUUUGCUUUCCCUCCCAAUCAGCAAGUCGGCGUUGAUCCGAAUCAUGACCUCAGCUAUGGUGAUCAAAGCGCCCGUCGCAAACGAUCCAAAGUCUCUCGAGCUUGCGAUGAAUGUCGGCGCAAGAAGGUCCGCUGCGAUGCCACUUCAGAGUCGGGCGUCGAAACAUGCUCUAACUGCCGCCGUCUCGGCGUCGCAUGCCAGUUCAGUCGCGUCCCUAUGAAGAGAGGACCUAGCAAAGGUUAUAUCAAAGAACUAGCCGAGCGAUUGAACACCUUAGAGUCUCAAAUGCAACCACCAAUGGCGCAGCAAGAUAUACAGUACCAAGGCAUAAGUGAGAUAUCGCCUCCACGCGGAUACCAUGAAUUUUCCCCUCCGAUCGAUGGGAACCUGCUGGGACGUAAACGAACAUUCUCUAUGAGCGAAGGAAUUCACGGGCUGCCUUUGACUCAACCAACGUUUGCGCCUCGUGGCCAAGCGACAGUGGGUGAAACUGCCGUCAAUCUACCAGAGAGCUAUCCUCUGUUUAGCAUGCAUCAAACACAACCGAAGCUAUCGGCACCAUAUUGGAGCGAUGGACUUGACCGCGACCACGACUUGACAUUGCCUGUUGAGUCGGUUGUUGGAAUUUUGUCUCAACCCGCCAACGAUGAUACCAAGCCUUAUGUAGUCGAUGAAGGGGCAUUGAAAACGUAUUAUGAAAAGAUUCACCCCAUACUACCGAUCCUUCCAAGCUCGAAAGAGCGAUUACAUGCCAUUCUACAUAAAUGCAGUAGAAUGCUACAGGAGGUCUUUGCUCAUGCAUUCUAUGCGGUAACCCAUACAAACAUCGACCGUGUGCAUGGCACAUUCACCGAAGUUGGUUCUCUUGACAGCGCUCUCGAUAUAGUUUCUGCACAUCUUCGUGAUCCGUACAAUCUGCGGAUAUUACCUGUCAAUCUCGUCUGGAUUCAGACCUUGUGUUUUCUAGCUAUUGAUUGCGACAAACGUGGUCCUGACAAUCUGCACGGACGAGAUGGAUGCCCAAAGCAGACCUUGGUCGAUCAUCUGAUGUCCUUGGCUUACAGGGUUGCGAAACCGUUCGAUCAAAACCGUGAUCUAUUCCCGGAUUUCCAGGACAUAGACUCUGAUGCGAAUAUUGCGCGUCGUGACUGGUUCUCUGCAAGUAUUCUCUGUCGAUGGCAACUUGUCGGCAUGGGUGAGCGUGAUUUCGUGGAGGAUGAUAUUCAAGAGAUCAACCUGCCUUCGGACUAUUCUUUUAUGGGCCCUGCCGCCGUGCAACUUACCUCCUACUCGAGCGAACUAUCCGCGGCCCUACGCAUCGUCGAGAUAGAUCACGAUUCUCUAUCGCUCAACUCAAAAUUCAAAAAGGCAUCUCGCUCCUUACUGUUUCACCUCCUCAGAGUGGUUCUAGGUCAUGAACAGCGUCUCGCCAACACCGACGCCACAAUCCUUCCGACUGGCUAUCUUGAAGCUCUCGGGCCCCAGAUCUACUGGACAGUCAAUCUCUAUAUCACGCGCUUCCUCUACGUCUUCGCGCCAUACGAAGUAAUCCACUCAGCAGAAGCACUUGUGAAAGAAAUGCAUAAAGACGUCCUCACGACUCGCAUCCCGUCACCCAUCGACAUCUACUCAUUGGCCUUGGCCGUGAUUACACUACUCGAAGCAUCGAAACUGCCCCUUUGCGCCGAAUUCUGCUGGAAGAUUCUCGGGGACGUAGAACAGAUCCUCGACCGCCGUGCACAAGCUACUGCUACCGCAGGCGAAUUUGAGGAUUUGUUUAGUACGCCACAAUGGGACCAGCAACUUCGUGCUUGGAUUGCGGCUGAGAAACCUAGUCAAGCGCAGCAGCAAACCGAAAAUUCAAACGCGGAAGAUGCCGAUCAACAACAGAAUCAGAAUCAAUCUGCUGCGAACAAUGCCGCGUCUGCCGCUAAUAAUAAUGCUAAUAACACAUCAUCAUCAUCAUCAUCUCAGCCCCCUCUCGUCGGACCAAACGAGCAACGAUCUCUUCAACAUCUAGCUGACCUCGCCGUCGGCGCAGAAGGCACAAGCGCAAAUGAUGAAGGCAGCGCCCCUCCUGCUCCUGCUACUACAGCAUCAGGGCCCUCUGCACCUACUGUUACUGCCUCUACCAACAAUGCAAUAGACAUCUCCACCGAAGCCGCAGGAGCCGCAGCCGGAACUACAGGCGGAAACGGUACCGUCCAACAAGGUCCAGGAGCAGCAGCGGCGACAACAGGAUUAGGAGGCGCAGUAAUUGUCGAUUUCAGCGCUGCUUUGCGGAGAGGGUUUAUGAAUAUUCUUAGUUUGCCGCCUGGAUCUCGUCACUGA